AAUUAUUGAGAUGGGCAGGGUUGUCUGUUUGUUUAUGUGAUUCCAAAUAUCUAAUACGUUUACAGUCAACGUUCAAGUUUGGUCUAUGUCAGCUAAGCACACGCCAGAUAUAUCGGAGCUGCUACCAGUGCGCCAGUAUCGCUGCGAGCACUGUGCAGAUCAAGUGUUUGGUAAUCAAAGCCACUAUAGCCUGCACCUUCGACGACGACACAAGUUGGCACUCAUAAAGAACGAAGCGACGAAUCUUGCAUACCAUUGUCCAGUUGUAAGUUGUAUUUAUCAUGCAGAACGGAAAGACGGAAGAGGCUUUGCAAAUCUACGAUUCCUGCGGCAACAUUACCAAAAAACCCAUAUGACCAAGACGUUCAAAUGCAAUAAUUGUAAUGAAGCAUUUCUACUCGAGCGUCAUUUGGAAAAGCAUCAAUGCUGUUCCACUUACCCUUGUGCUGUAUGUGGCCUCACCUAUACCAGCAAGGCAAGCCUUCAGACCCAUAUGCGUCGCAAGAAUCACCUGAAAGUGCCCUGUGAGAGUGAGACAACUAAGGAUGCAGCAACGUCAAAGGUGGCAAUUCCUAAGUUAAAGGCAUGCCAAAAGUUGCCAAGGAGUUCUGUUAAAAUGGUCGAUCAAUCCACAAAUACUGAAGAAGUGCCAUCAGAUGAUUCACCUAUUAAUGUGCCAAUAACGGAGCACAUACCACCCAUAGACUCACCUAUGCAACCAUCAUUCUAUUGCCUGCCAGACAUAGAGGUGCCCUAUGCUCUGCAAACAGCCACACAGACGGACGACAGUGUCGACAUGGACGUGGCAAUCCAAACAGCCAUAGCUGUAGCUCUUAAAGAACGUGAAAAUGCAGAGAACGGAUUGCCUAUGCCAAGUUUGACGUAUGAUGAAGUCAAUCGGCUUUUGCGCGACAUGGAAACGCAAACGGAAGAUGUGGAUCUUGAUGAAAUCGACAUGAACAAUGAGGUGCUGGGUCCACUGCUUCGAAAUAUACAAACCCAAACGCUCGACAACAGGCAACACCAAGGCACAAUGACAGAGCUUGACCAGGAGUCGGACCCGCAACAAAAUGAUAAUUAUGUGGCUUACCAAGACCAGGAAACAAUGUUCGGGCCGCAGAACUCCGCUCACAUGCAUACCCAGACCUGCGAUGAGCUGUUCGAAGAGCUGGGCUUAUCGCAUAUACAAACCCAAACACAUUGGCCAGAUGGGCUCUACAAUACGCAGCACACGCAAACUUGCGACGAAAUGCUGGACGAGCUGUUGGAGAAUUUUCAGUCGACCUAUACGUAAACCAGGUGUUUGGAUUG